CGCUUUCUCAAGUGCGUCCAGUCACUCCCUUUUCUGAUUCGUCUCCGUUUUGGAAAGCCAGAAAGGAUAGGGGGGAGAAAGUGAAGGAAAAAGCAGCCAAGAAAGUGAGAGAGAAAAAGGCGAGAAAAUCCCCUUUAGAAAAAUCAUUCCGCCCUCUCAAUUUCAGCUCUCAAUUGGUUGGUCUGGUCUGGUCUCCUAGGGCAAAAACCCACGGUUGAAGUGAGAGAAAAAGCAAUGAGCAUUAUUCCUCUGCCCGCGAGGCACUUGCUGCCCCUCACCACUGCCACCAUUGAUUUUCCCUCCAAACCCUCCUCCAGAUCCUUCCACAGCAGCAGCCCUCCGAUUGCCGGAGCUGAUUUGAGCGUCUUCUCUCCCGGUUGCUUCAAUCCUUCUCAUUUUUGUGCCGGAUGGCCUCGGAGGAAGAGACUUUCGUCUUCCCAACAGACGUGGCUUUGUGGGAUUAUGAGAAGGGAUCAAGAUGUCAACAAUUCAGACUUCGGAGAGGAGAGUGAAAUGCGGAUGCUUGGUUCCGAAGAUGAUGCAGGCACUCAAAUUCCAACUCAAGCUCAAUCUCUUGUGGAAGGAUCUGGUGCUGUCCUAGUAUCAGAAUACAAACCAGUUCCCGAAGUUGAUUAUUUGCAGGAGUUAUUGGCCAUUCAACAGCAAGGCCCUCGAGCUAUUGGCUUCUUUGGGACAAGAAACAUGGGAUUCAUGCAUCAGGAACUAAUUGAGAUUCUCAGCUAUGCAAUGGUUAUAACUGUAAGAUGCUGUGAAUGUGAUACAAGUCAUUUUAUAUUGCAUUUGACUGCUGACAUCUUGCGAAGUCGUAGCUCUACUGUUUAAGAGGCAGAUUGCCAAUACUACAGCUUGACCUUUUUGACUUUAGGUUGAGGAUUGUACUUAGCCAUGGGAUGUCAGCACCAAAUAUCCAUUUUCACUUCUUAGAUAAGGUCUUUUUUCUUGAGAGUACUACUUUCCCUCGUAGAAAAACCACAUAUAUACAUCGGGGGAAUCCGGGACUAAUGCAGCCGUCAUUAGAGGUGCUUUAAGAGCAGAAAAGCCAGAGCUGCUGACGGUAAUCUUACCUCAGAGUUUGAAAAAGCAGCGUCCAGAUAGCCAGGAAUUAUUCUCUAAAGUAAGCUGCCUCCUGUUUUCGUCUAU